CUUGUAUUCUUUGGGAGGUGGUUGUUUUUGUCACUCUAAUAUUAUUGCUUCCUCUCAAUUCAGGGAGUAAUAUUUUGUGGCGAUUAUGUAGAUAUUUCUUUUCGUACUUAAAGGAUUUGCUAUUAUCAGAGUGCUUAACAAUGUCGACAGUUCUUUUAGCUGUUGUCGCAGUUAUACUGUGUAUACUCUUCCGAAUAUUGAAUGUUAACAGCCAGGCACAAAAACCCAUAAUUUUUGGAAAGGAUAGAAGUUUUAUUGAGAACAUACUAUUUAUAUCACCAUUUCUCAAUGAACCAUAUGUACCAACUCGUUUGUGGGGCUUCAGUGGACACGUCCAGACCAUUCUUCACAGUUUGAUUGGACGUGUGCGAUGCCCUUGGCCCAUAGGUGGUCGAAUCUCAUUGGUGCUGCCUGAUCGGUCUACCCUCACAUAUGAUCUGUACGAACCUGUUGGAUCUGAACAUGAAGAUGACGUGACGGUCGCCAUCUGCCCCGGCAUCGGCAACACGUCAGAGAGCGUGUACAUCCGCACCUACGUGCACUACUCCCAGUGUCACGGGUACCGCUGCGCCGUGCUCAAUCACAUCGGCGCCCUAAACAGCGUGCCCGUCACCGGUUUCAGAAUAUUCUCCUAUGGUCACACAGACGACUAUGGCUACAUGAUCGAAAAUUUAGUGGAGCGGUAUCCUAACACGAAGAUAAUUCUUGUCGGGUUCAGUCUGGGCGGCAACCUGGUCACAAAGUACCUUGGCGAAGAUCGCAAGAGGCCUUCUAACAUAAUCGGCGGCAUUUCCAUAUGCCAGGGAUACAAUGCGAUUGACACUAUGGUGUACCUUCUGCAGUGGCAGAAUUUCCGCCGCGUGUACCUGUACGUCAUGACAGACAACUACCGUAACAUCAUCACGCGACACAAGAGAACUCUUCUCAGCCAGGAGAUGAAGAGCCGGUACUCUCUCGACGAGAAGGCGAUCGUCUCUGCUGGCACUCUGCCGGAUUUGGACGAGGCGUACUCCAGGAGAGUGCACGGUUUUGAGUCUGUCGGCGACCUAUACAAAUGGAGUUCCUCAUACUUCUACCUGGAGAAUGUGAAGACUCCGAUGAUCUUCAUCAACGCGCGCGACGAUCCCAUAGUUCCUGAACCGCUGCUGCAUGUCAUUAGGGAGUUUGUCAGUUCACACGAAAAGGCGAUGUACCUGGAGCUGGCACACGGAGGUCACUUGGGUUUCUACGAAGGGGGCCUGAUAUACGCUAACCCGGUGACGUGGCUGGACCGCGCGCUGGUGGGCCUGGCCGGGGGCCUACUGAUGGCCCACAACAAGUGCCCCAAGAGCCCCGAAAGCGAAGGCGACGUGCUCGACGACGAACCGGACCUCAUCAAAUCCUCCACUAUCGUCUACAGGGACCCCUUGGAGAAAGCUAAGAUGCAGUGAACAUUAUUUAUAAAAUUGUCGAUGUUAAGCCGGCGCGUGCGCUGCGCUAUUUUCGCUCUGGCCACGUGGGCCGACUUCUUUUGCUGUUGACGAUCUUUUGAUUGGCUCUUGGAAUCACGUCAAUCAAAAAAACGUCUCGUCGAAAAAUUUUCCACACUUGAAUAUUUGAUUUAGAAGCACUCUUUUCAACGUUUGUCUAAAGCUCAAUAGAUAUUAAACCAUAAACUAUUAUAGAAUAUUCGGAGAUCAGUUUGUGAAAUUUAUUUUCAAUGAAAUGUUUAAAAACUAGGGAGUCAUUUCAAAAAUUUUAAACAAGAUAAAAAUCGUGCGACAAUUUAAUCGUAGCGCGCGCCAGGCUCUUUGUACGUUACGCUUUUUAAAGCGAGCGAUGAAGUUUCUGUUCUAGGUAACAAUAAUGAUGCCUAUCUACCAAAGCCUAAAUCGAAUUUUGUAUAAUAUGUAUUUUCAGUUCUAUGUAUUGUCUUAAAAUUGUACAGGUACAUAUUUUUACACUAUUACAUAUUACUCAAAUGAGAGUUGAACCACCUCGCUAAGGUUUUUGUUAUGUUUACAAUAAGAAAGUUUAGUGUAGAAAAAUUAUAAAAGUGAUAGUGAACUUAUUUUAUUAUCAACAUUGGACAGACACGUUUAAAUUAUAAUAAAUAAUGUGAUAUUAAUUGAAAUAUGUACUUAUUAUAUGAAUUUUAUUUGUUGACAUAAUUUAUAUUCAAUUGUUUUUCACGAUUACAAAAUUUCGUUUGAAAGUUUUAAAAUGUGAUGUACUCAUAGAUUUUUAGUCUAUGGAUUUAAUAUAGAAAUUAACAUUGUCGUGGACGCACGACUGCUAAUAGCAGUUAUAACAUAAAACUUUUGUGUCUCGUGGAGCGUCCGCGAAGGUGUUAAAGUGCGAUGAAAUUGUACACGUUUAGAAGCAUUGAUGUGCUUAUACGUAGUAUAUGUUUAUUAUUGAUAUUAAAUAACUUUAGUGUUUGUAAAUUUGUAGAUUUUUUAUAACAUUUAACAUCAGGUCGGGGAAAAGAUUCUUCGUACUUCAAUGCACAAAUGUAUUACUCUGCGAGCACUGGAACACAAGCAAAAAAGCAGUGUAUUAUUAUAUAUAUUUGCUACGUUUACGACUGGUCGUCUGCCUGAAGUAAACUCCCUAUGCGGAUAUAUAUUAUUAAACAACUCUGUGAAUAGGAAACGCUUGACAUUUCUGUUUGAUACAUCUCCCAAAUUUAUAUAUGUAAAUGUUUUUGUAUUUUUAUACUACGGGAAUUUCUUCCCUGACCUAAAAAUAUUACGUAAUAUUAAAACGCAUAAAAACUGUAUUCUGUGUACUAUUAACAUCGCGUACUGCGCCAAGAAUGUUUGCAGCUUGCAGCCACCAACUAUCCACUCCCUCUCCCACUCGCUCAAAAGUUAUGGGUGACGACUUCUGUGGCCUAAUGGUCAUCAUGCAAUGCUACACUGGAGGUCCCGGGUUCGAUCGCCUGUCAGGUCGAGAGGGAAAAUUAUGUCUCGAAUUUACUUUGGGCUAAUUCAUUCUGUGUGAAUUGUCCAUAUAUCACAUUUAUUUAGUUAUGCUUACUACUAACAUAAAUAUAAAUAAAUUACUGCCGACUACAGAACGACUUUACCAAGAUUUACCUCGAACGAAACUAUUAUAUAAAUAAAAUAAAUACAUUUAUUUAUACAUAUUUAGAUAGUCAAGUGUCCCGCUUUUACGGCCGUAACUUUUGUGUUGAGCUGGGAGUGCUUAUAGUGCGCAACGGGCUUUGAACGCACAUAAUGCAAAAAACUCUAAUAAACAAUAUGUGCAUAAUAUAUUUUCUCAAUAAAAUAUUGCAAUGGCCUUAAUAGAGUUUAUAUAUUUUUGCAGUUAGUGUUUUAUAGAUGUUUAUCUGUGGGUCAUCGACCUACGAAUGUUAGCUAAUAUUCCAGUGCAUUUAAUCCACGUGUAUUUUGGUGUUUCAUAGUGAUUUGUAGUGAGCAUGCAUGUGCAGUUAUCUGACAUAAAUGGUAUAUGUGAUGUUGUUAAAGACUGGUUUCAAUACAUUGUUGAUGUGUUAUGUAAUAAGCGCAAGAGCGCCAGUAUAGAUCUCUGAAGCGGCUAUAAAACAGACUAAUUGAUGCACAUUGCCUUAUUAUACAAAACUCAGUGGAAAGGUUUUUUAAAUACUAAAACGGUAAAGUUUUAGACUUUGCUAUUUACAUCUCACUAUAGAGUCGAUUCGCAAUGAGACGCAACUAACCAAUCACAGUACGACAUUGUGACGCAACGACAACCACACCGCUGUGAUUGGUUUGCUGCGUCUCACCUAGACGACUGAAGUUUUUACAGAGAAAGAUUUGGAUACGCCAUAAUUUUGUGGACACUUUCGUUUUUCAGAAAUAGUAGAUAUUCUGGUCUAUUUGUGCACAAGUUUUAGAAUUUUUUCAUUCGUGUAUGCUACGAUAGUCUUCUACACAUUAUUCAUACGAUAACGAACACUUUUGAUUACUUUUAUUUGUACUUAUAUAAUUGUCCCUUUUUUGCAAGAUAAUAUUGGAAACAGAAAUGGAUAAACAACUGGAAUAGUGGUUCAAUGAGUUCGUUAUUUAUGAAAAAGUUGGUUUCUUUGUAGUCGAAAAAAAAAUAUGCAUCGGUAACCUUUAUUAUUUUUAAUAUUUAUAAAAUAAAUUCGUUAUUUGUAUGUGGAAUAAUAUGGUGAUUUAUUUUUGUCUCUCAAAUGGCUAUGAUGUUAUUAUUUCAUAGCAGAAUAUAUACCAUAAGCUUUGUAAUUAGGUCACUGAUUAUUAUUUAUAAAUUUAGCAAUGACAGGCUGGGCUAAGUUAUUAAUUUAUUUUACAAACACAUGCACAAAAUAACACCUAUGAAGUUACUAGAUGAUCCUAUUAUAACGUGCUGCACAUCUUAUAUUUAUAAAUAACGUAAUUUAUUACUAUGGAUCCGAACAUUUAAAAUGAAAUAUUCUGUAUUUUGUUAAAAAACAAUGCUCCUGCGCAGAAGGGAUUUCUAAAAUACGAUAAAACGAUUCAAGAGAUUUUUGUUAAAUUAUAUUACAAUGUAUUAUAUUAAUUUUCAAUAUUUUUUUUUCUGGAAUAGUUAAUGUUGUCUCUUUUUCAUUCAAAGAACAAGACAAAUAUAUUCCAGGCUUAAUCAUAUAUUUUUCAAGACUAAAUGUCUUUUUUUAUCUUAUAAUAUGAAUAAUUUUCCAGAUUUGGUAAAAGUCACAAGUUCACAACGAUUUUUUCCAGUUUUAUAAUGUGUUAAAAAAAACGAGGACAAGGUGUCAUUAAAACGAAAUACUUUAUAGCCGUAAUAACGAUAUAAUAUAACUUGAUAUUAAAAAUUGGUCAUUUUGUUCGUUAACAACGAUGUGGUUGGUGUGCACUUUCCGUUAGUUUUUAUGUAUGAAGUACAAUGAAAUGGGGGCACGAAAAUACUGUUUACUAUAAAAAUAUGCAUUUUUCCAGAGGCUUCUUGGAAUUUUGUUCUGUGUUGUGUGCAAUUGUCCUGCCAUUUUGAGACAAGUUAUAGCUUGUGAUGAUUAUAUGUUAGAAAAGUAUGUUUAUAUGUAAUAAAUCAUAACGUAAAAUGAAA